GCGGUGCUCGGAACGCGACCAGGAGGGCGACGCCGCGGCCGCAGCCAUGGGUGCUGGGCCUGCGGGGCCGCGGAGGGGGCGCGAGGAACUGCCGGGCGGGGCUGAAGAGACAGCCGCCGGGACUGGCCCUGGACGCUGAGCUGCGGUGGGGCCCCCGCCUGCUCUUGGCGGGCCAGUGAGCGCGAGCGGGGCGCGUCGGAGGAGCCGGGCAGCCGCCGGCCACCUCAGGGGGGCCUCCCUGGCUGCCGGGAGGAUCGAGAGGGUCGUGUGGGCACAUCUGGGGGUGCGUGGACGCCGCCGGGCGCUUUUCAGGGGCCAGGGAGCGUCUGCAGGGGCCGCGGCACACCGGCGGGGGCACCGCCGGGGCCCAGCGCCGCCUCGGUCGAGCGCCCGGGGCGUCCCUGCAUGGCUGAGCUGCCCCCUUGCCGGCCGCCCGGGCGCCGCAGCGGCUGAGAUCGCUGGGAUCGCCGGGCCGCCGCCGCCCUCGCCGCCCCCUGCAUGCCCGGCGCCCGGGUCGCGGCCCACCUGGACGCGCUGGGCCCCCUGGUCCCCUACGUGCCGCCGUCGCUGCUGCCCUCUAUGUUCUACGUGGGCCUGUUUUUCGUCAAUGUGCUGAUCCUAUACUACGCCUUCCUCAUGGAGUACAUUGUCCUCAAUGUGGGCCUCGUCUUCCUGCCCGAGGACAUGGACCAGGCGCUCGUGGACCUCGGCGUGCUCUCCGACCCCGGUUCGGGCCUCUACGAUGCCGACUCGGAGCUCGAUGUCUUCGAUGGUUACUUGGAGUAGGCUUGGCUACCGUCCUCCCCUCCCCCCCAACGACCCGCAACCCUCGGCCUGGACUGGCCGCCCAAAUCCUGCCGCCGCUGCUGGUUGGGGGCAUCGUUUGGCCAGGGAUGGGACCCCCAGGACGAGGCCCUCACUGGCCUCCAAGACCUGUAAGUGCCCUUUCUGCACCAGAUGAGGAUGGGUUGGGGCGCUGGCGAAGAAGAGGGUGGCAUCUCCACACCGGACACACACCCUUCCCCCAGGCUUGGGAUUCCGCCAUCCACCUCCUGGAGGUCUAUUUAAGAUGCCAGGAAUGGCCAGACCCCUGUUAGGCCCUUAGUUGGGGCUGCAAAGCUUUCCCCGGUGAAGGUGACAGUCGUUGAGGGGAAGGGAGGCUGAGCCUGAAUGGUGUUGGGUUAGCCACGGUACCUACUGCCACAGCUUGUGGAAAAGCCUUUGCAGCCAGAUCCCUUUGAGGCAGAUCUGUCAGCACCUCGCCUCUGCCUCCAUCUGGCUUGAUGGUGACCUUGGUUUUUCCGGAAUUCCCAUAGUCCCGGAAGGAUAAAGACUUGGAGUGUCAGAAGAGCUAACACGCUGGGCACGACCACCUUUGUCCCGUAGCCCUUUCGGGGACUGGGUGGGGACUUGAGAGCAAGGGCUCAGGGCCGAGGGCGUAGGAGGUGAAAGCUCCUUCAGCAAAGUCUGCACUUCCUUUUGGCCUUGGGUUUGCUGCCGUUCGGGAGUCGGGUUUCAGGGUGCCGGGCAGUACUGCAGCUUGGAGCUGCCAGGGCCGCCAGUUUUGCAGGUUGCUUUUGCAGACUAGGCAAGCUGGGGCUGGCUCCGCCUACGGGGUUUGCAAGAUCUCAAGGAGGAGUAGGGGCCACAGGAUCUUUGCACUGAGGUGUUAAAGCUCUGCCGCUGGGCUGCGACCAGGAAGCUGCGUGUCCUGCCCCACCUUGUGUGUCGAUGGGAGGAACAUGAAGGUCCAGGAAGGAGGAGGGCUUGGCCACAGUCUCCCAGCCGGGAAGAGAGGCGACUGCACAAGAUGAGAGGACACACAGGCACUUUUUGGCUGAGCCCCUCCGCUGUUCGGUGCUGCCGUAUCACUAAGCACGGGACCCGAGUGGCAGCGAAGGGAGGAUAUCGAGGUAGCAAGGGCUCCUUUGAGAAAACAGACACUAAUGCCACUCGCCCCAUGCAAGCUGAGUUAACGCCCCUCCUCUUGUUGCCUGUCUUUGCCAAGAUGACCAUAGUCAGAGGGAAUGCCGGAUGGGGCAGGACCCACUGGUGGUAGUGCUGGGGGCUGAGGCUCCCCUGAGGGACGGACAGUGACAUUUCUUUGAGAAAAGCUUCACUUGAGCUCAGUGCGACCUUAACAAGAACCAGGUGCCAGGCAGAGUGUCAGCACUCUUGCAUACCUACCCAGUCUGCCUACCUACCUGCCUGCCAUCCAUCCAUCAAUCCGUUCUUUGAUUGAAGAAAAAUAUUUACUGAGUACAUACUGUGCCUCGUGGGUGAACACAGUGAACAAGAGAGACUUAGCCCUGGCCCUCCUGGCACGGGGAGAGAAGACACAAGCAGAUUCCCAAGCAAGGCCUGCUUCCCCCGAGAGCUCCGUGCCAACAGAGAGGUUUCUGUCCAGACCCAGGAGGGUGGGGCAGAGAGAUGGAGACUGAGAGCCGAGGCCCGGAAGGCCUGUACCCCUGUCCCCGGGGAAAGGCAGGGGCGUCCGAAGACCUCCCCCCACCUCAGCGUCGCACAAAUGGCCUUGCCUUGGCUUCUGACCUUCGCCGCGGCGAUGGAUGUUUACAGGAACCCAGCCAGAGUCUGCCUCCCCGCUCUUCACCCCCGACCGCUCCUGCUUCUCCACACUUCAUCUUCCGAGAGGAUGCUUCAAACUGCGGACCCACUGUGGAAGCCACUCCCAGCUCCGUUGGAGGCCAGCGGAGCCCAAAGCUUGGCCAGGUUUGGCCCCGAGGCUGGUCUUAGAUGCAGCGACUAUUUCAGGGAGUAAGUCAGAAGGAAAAGAAGCCAAGGAUCGUGUCGGGGGCGAGGGUCAGGCUUGACUUAUUCAUUUCAAGUUGCUCGUUCUGCAUCAAGUUGCCAGGACUGAUCCGUCAUGCGGGGGGGUGCCUCGCUGCUCUGCUGGCCAGAAAUGUUUUUGCAAAUGUGAGCGGUAUGAAUACUUGAUGUCGAUAAGCCUGUAAAAGCAAUACUUAGGAGGCUGACUUCUUUCAAUUAAAAAAUGUAUGCAACCAA